AUGACAUUUAAAGCUCUGCCGAUUUUGUACAUAAAUUUAGGCGGGGAGAUGCUGUACGACUUGAUGGUUAUGUCGGUGAAGUAUCAAAUGGUCGUCUGCAAGCGACCGCAGGACAUCCUUCUAGUCACACUGAACCACCUUGAUGAAGUUAGGUCAAUAGGACCGAGAAAUGACGUCGUCCUUGACCAGAUAUUCAACACUGUCUAUGAACAGCUUAGAAUUCACUACUCAAGAAUGAGUGUCAGUAGUUUCAUGCUCAUCAGAUCUUCCCUACUGCUCUUCUUCAAAGACAGCAAAAUUAGAGUUUCCUUAUUCCUGAAGGAGAAGUUGCAGCAUAAUUCAGGCGCGUUUAUACUGAACGUGUCUGGAGAACUUCCAAUUGAUUACCCUAUUCCCGGCACUAUAAAAACUUUUGCAGGUGACGAAAGCCAGCCUAUUUUAAUAAAAUUUGAUUGCGGUGUAAGAGAUAUGAAGGCGAGUAACAAAAGGCCAUCUUACGCUAAUGUCGGAGAUAGGAUUAUUCAACUCGGCCUUAAUAUGUACAUCCCAAACAACAGCAGCGCUUCUCCGUCGAAAUGUCAGCCAGUGACGUCAUUUGGGGACAGCGCCCUUAGAUACGAAGACCAUCACUUGGACGAGAGAGCUAAAGCCCAAAUUGACUUUUUGACCAAAUUAAUCGGCGUUAAAAAAUCGAAAUUCGGUGACGAUGGUGAAUUUGGAGGGGACAGGACAGCAGCCGGCGGUGAUGAUAAUAGUUUCAAAUUCAAUUUGGAUUUAUUCGAUGAUGAUGAUGGUAGUGAUGCUGGAAAAGGUAGCCAGGAGCAAAGGCACGUCUCUAGCUUCUGCAAAUCACAGAUUAACACUUUCGGCAUUGAUGCCUCUAAGAGGAAUCAAAACGCUCACUUGCAGAAAGUUCUAGACGAUAUGAAAGUUCUGUCGGCAACAGAUAAUGAAAAUAUUUAUGACCUACUGGAUGAUGACGACGAUGAUAAUUAA